AUGGCGCAGAGUGUCCGGGCCGAGCUGACGUCCAACUGCACGUGGUAUUCCAAGAUCACUCCCACCGGUACAAGGGAAACAAAGAUCAAGGACGACUGCAAGCAGCCCACUUGCCCUGCUUCUGAAAACUAUAGUGGAGCCCACAAGCGAAUCAACGCGGCCGCAACCGCAAGACCGCGAAAAUGGGCAAGAAAAAUCCAGGGUUCAUGUAGCCAGAAAACUUUUCGUUCCGGCGUGCCAUAG